GCCCGCGGCCAAUCGGAGCGCGGGGCGGUGGUGGCGGCGGUGAGGCGCGGAGCCGGGCGGCGGCAGCAGCCCGCGGGCGGGAGGGAGGAGGCCGCCCAGGGCGGGGGGCGAAGCGGGACCCGGCCCCGGGGUCCCGGCCCUGGUCCCGGGGGGCGGCGCGGCCGGGAGCGGGCGGCGCCGGCGGUGACCCCGCCUUCGUCCUUGCGGCAGGCUCCGUGCCGGUCGGGAGGAUGAGCCGGUUCCUGAACGUGCUGCGCAGCUGGCUGGUGAUGGUGUCGGUCAUUGCCGCCGGGAACACGCUGCAGAGCUUCCGCGACCACAGCUUCCUCUCGGAGAAGCUCUACACCAGCACCCCCGGCCUCGUGAAUGGGCUCCAGGCUCGGACCUUUGGCAUCUGGACCCUGCUGUCAUCAGUGAUUCGCUGUCUCUGUGCUAUUGACAUCCGUAAUAAGACCCUCUAUUACAUCACACUCUUCACCUUCUUUAUGGCCCUUGUUCACUUCCUCUCCGAAGUCUAUAUUUACCACACUGCAGCCUUGACAAUUGGAGUCAUGGCACCCCUCAUGGUAUCAAGUUUCUCUAUCCUGGGGAUGUUGAUUGGGCUGCAGUACCUGGAGGUAGAAGCACUGUCACAAAACAAGAAGAAAAACUGAAGCUGAAUGCCUGGCGUAGGCAACAUUUGGACUGACCGAUGUCGAAUGUCAAGUCCUAAAGGAGUUUAUGUCAGCGCUUGCUGGGGCAUUUGGUGAGACUGUCUUCCCUGAGGAUAACAGGGAAUGUCUCAAGUAUGCCCCUUGCAGUAAGGACUUCUCUCCUGGUGCACCUGUGGGGAAGAGGUGUAGAGUGAUCCAGGAUCCAAUGAACACUUCUGCCAGGAAAGAGACCAUGUGCUGCCCCUGGCACUGCUGCAUAACUUGCAUGGGUGUGUUUCUCAGGGGCCAUUUCUAAUAAAUGACAGAAAACUGCA